UUCUUUGAGAUUUGAGAAACUGGCUGAGUAGUGGAGUCCCAGUCCCUUGAGAUAUGAGCAACCCAUCCCCUGAUUCUGAAACCAAUAUAUCAUGCACAGGGAGAGAGUGAGAGAGCAAGCAUUUCUUUUGGUCAGCUGCUGCAGUGAAGCAUAGUACAGGGAACUGCUUUUCCAGAUUUGUGUUUCUUUCAACAAAAAAUACUGCCGAGGGCUGGGAAUUUCAUUAUUUUGCUCACUUGUGUUGAUACAGAUGGCAGAUAAGGUACUAGGAUUUUCUCAGAGCAGUCUUUAGGUGUAGAGCAGAGCUGAGACAUCAAGUUGUUGUGAAGAUGGGAACCUACUCCAAUAGAAACACAAUGAUACCUGAAGCUACUGCAGGGGCAUCUGUUCCACAUUUUACCUGGUUUUAUCCAGGGAGUUUUCUCUCUGCAUCAAAAACUAGCUCAAAUCCUUUUCAAGGAACUCAAACCAACCCUGAACCCAGUCUUCCUGUUGGUCCCAUCCGAACAAUUGCUGCUACAACUGAACCAAUGAAGAAUGUCAACUCAACAACUACUACUGCCAAGGGUAGGAAGCAGAAGAAUUCUAUGAAGAGUCCUAAUCAAAUUUCAUCCAAGGCUUUCAGGCCAAAGCAAGCCAAGAAGACUCCCAAGAAGACAAAGGGACAAAGUAUGCCUGACGGAAAACGUGAAAAAAGGAUGAUGAUUAAUAUUGAUAUGGACAAAGCAGGCUUUGAUUCCUCUGAAGUGCCGCCUCCAUACUGUUCUUGUACAGGUGUUGCUAGAUUAUGCUACAAAUGGGGUGCUGGUGGAUGGCAAUCCUCAUGUUGCACCAUUAACAUAUCUGAAUAUCCUCUGCCUAUGAGCUCUACAAGGCCUGGGGCUCGCAUGGCUGGGAGAAAGAUGAGCAAUGGAGCAUAUGGGAAACUUCUACUGAGACUUGCAGCUGAAGGUCAUGAUCUUACUCGUCCAGUUGACUUGAAGGACCAUUGGGCAAGACACGGUACCAACAAGUUUGUCAUAAUCAAGUAGAUCUGGUUUGUUGCUGUAUCUUAAAGAUAAUCACAUUAAGUAGAAUGUAUAUGUAGUUUCUAUGAUCUUUCCUGCUUCUAGAACUUAUUUGGAACAAAUUGCUGCUUUGAAUGGAGGAGCCUUCUUAUGACGUCA